GGCCCUCCCCCCAUCGGCGCACUCCGAGGCUCGGCGCUCCGAGAGCCGCCUGCCUGUACGGGGCGCACGGCGCAGCAGAGGUGGCGGGCCUACAGCGGCGAGCGCGGCCGCGCGGGGGGAGCGCGGGGGAGCGCGGGAGCGGGGAGGCGGGAGCGGGAGAACAGCAGGAGAGGAAGAGCCGGGCCACCGUCAGGAGGCGCCGCCCGCUGCUGCGCCAGGGGCGCCGCCGCCGCCGCCGCUGCCCGAGGCAGGAGCCCGAAGGCGCUGCCUCGCGCUCCAGGCAGCCAGAGCCAGAGGCGGAGCCAGAGGCGGCGCCACCGCUGGCGGCAGCGGAGCCAGCAGCGCCACCGCUGGCAGCGGCGGAGCCGGAGCCGCCAGCAGCGCCACCGCUGGAGCCGCCAGCAGCGCCACCGCUGGCGCCGCCAGCAGCGCCACCGC